CUCAACUUUCGACAUCCGCACCGAUUUACACAGCCAUGGCUUUUACGCAGGAAUUGCGCGGCCGCUACGCCCACGCGCCCGGCCCGACAUUUCUUGCCUACACGCCGAACGGAAAGAAGCUGGUUACUGCAGGAGUGGACAAUUUCUGCCGUGUUUUCGCUACCGGAUCGGAUGAAGAGCCUACAAAUGUGGACGAUUGCCAGGAGAACAAUACAGCUAUUGCCGCUGGCAAUGGCUUCUUCAUUACAGGCUCCGAAGACGGCACAGUGAGCAAGUACUCGCUGGAGAACAACAAGUUCGAGGAGAUUCUGUUCAGAAGUACGCUGCCGGUUCGAGAUGUAGCACUGAGCCCUGAUGGUAACUGGGUUGCCGUGGCGAGCGAUGAACUCGUCGUCUACAUCGUCAACACGAAUGACAUGAUGCAAGUGCGAAGGCUGCGCGAACAGAACCGCUCCGUCAAGCAUGUCGCCUUCGACAAGACCGGAACAAUGCUCGCCGUGUCAUGCACCGACGGAAGCAUAUACAUGUACUCGUUGGAGUCAGAAGAGCCGGAGUUGAUCAAGAAGGUGGACGACAUGAUCAAGGGCUUGGAACCCGAGGCAGAGACUAGCUCCAAGGUGCUAUGGCAUCCGGAUGGAAGGGCAUUUGCUACACCUACCGGCCUUCGAGAGAUACAGGUUAUGUCAUCGAGCGAUUGGGAAAAGCAGCGGUCCUUCAAGACUGGACAUUCUGCAGAUAUCACCGCCGCUGCUUGGUCGCCUAAUGGCGCGAUGCUGGCGACUACGUCCAGCGACCUCAACCUGUGCCUUUGGGAUGCAAAGUCGCAGAAGCUGCUGAACAAGUACGACGACGUCAAGGCAACCAUCCUCGCCAUGACAUGGCAUCCAACAGAGAACAUCCUCUCCUACACCAACACGGAUGGUCACCUCUACAUCCAUACCGACUUCGUCCCAAAAGAGCACGCCCACAUACUCCAAAAGCCCAUUCAACCAGCACCCUUCUUCCACGACCCCUCUGAAGGCCGAUCUGGCGGUCCAACCACCAAACUCACAAACGGCACAAAUCACGUCCUCCCAGAGCGUCGGCCGAGAGCUGGCACUCCGGACUCCCUGGACGACGUGCUGGGCCUCGAAUUCCAGGAUGAGCAAGACGACGCCUCCAUGGCCGACUUCGUCGUCGAUGAUGACGGGGCCGGCUAUGCACCCGCCGUCAACGGUCGCAGGAAACGUACAAACGGCCAUCUCGGAGCCCUCGAAAGCACCGGCAAGCGUCGCGCCUACAGCUCCGCCCUCUUCCAGCCUCAACUUCACGAGUCUUUCCAACCCGGUGGAACCCCCUGGCGCGGCAACCGACGUCUCCUGUGCUGCAGCUUGGUCGGCUGGGUAGGCACCGUCUCUCAAGAAGGGCAGCACCACACCGUAGAAGUGAAGUUCUACGACGAGCAUACACAUCGCAACUUUCAUUUUACCGAUAUCUUCCUGUAUGACAAAGCCGCUCUGAACGAAAACGGUACCCUUUUCUCUUGCCAACCACGCGAGGGUAAUCCAGCCAUGAUAUACUACCGGCCUCAUGAAACCUGGACCACGCGCACAGACUGGCGAACUAACCUCCCAGCUGGUGAAUCCGUCACCGCAAUCGCACUCUCAGACUCUUACGUCGUCGUCACAACGAGCACAAACUACAUCCGCAUCUACUCCCUCUUCGGCCUUCCCAUUCGUGUCUACCGCGCCAAAGCCUCGCCCGCCGUCUCCUGCGCCGCGUGGCGCGACUACGUGCUCACUAUCGGCAACGGGCCUGUCUCGGGAGACGGCAGCUGCCAACUGCUCUACACCAUCGAGAACGUAAAGCGCGAUGAGGUCUACCAAUCCGAGGACAUUGUCGCCCUCGCUCCAAACACAACGCUCAUGUCCGUCUUCUUCUCGCCAGAAGGCGAUCCAUACAUUUUCGACUCCUCCGGCGUCCUACUAACCCUCCUCCACUGGCGCACAAACGGCCAAGCGCGCUGGGUCCCCAUGCUCGACACAAAAUGCCUCGCCCGUCUCGCCUCGGGCGGCAAAGAGGAAUGCUACUGGCCUGUCAGCGUCGCGCGCGAUGCAGACGGCAAACCCGUCUUCCACUGCAUGAUCGUCAAGGGCAGCGAACGCUACCCGGCGAACCCCCCGCCCAUGCUCAGCGAAUUCCCGCUCGAAAUCCCGCUCUCGUCCUCUAUCGACAAAUCUCGUAACCGCAAACAGAACGGCGACAUAGACGGUAUGUCCGACGAUGAAGACGCUCCACGCAAGCCCGAAAACAAGCAACAAGACCACGAGCACGAGUACAUCCUCGCUUCAACCCUCCACACGCAACUCUCGGACGCCCUAUCCCAUACGCGGCCCACAGCGCUCCAGAAACAAAACCUCAUUGACCUGGAAGUGCGUAUCGACAGGGCGCUGCUGCAGCUGCUGGGACUAGAGUGCCUAGUGGGAGAGGAUAGGGGCAUGAAGGCGCUGGAGAUUGUGACGCUGAUGCGAGAUGCGAAUGGCAAGAUGCUGGAUCUGGCGAGCAAGGUGGCGACGAGGUAUAAUAGGGAGAUGCUGGCGGAGAAGAUUAGGGAGUUGGCGGAGAGGAAGUUGAUGGGGUUGGUAGAUGAGGACGAGGACUUUUAGGUAUUAACGGUAAGCCGGGCAGGGGCACUGCAUUUUCCUGACGUUUGUGGGAUGUCUCGCUUUGGGUAACGAAGGGACCUGUUGUAGCAUGAGCGCGCAGUGAGAAUUGAAUUAAAUCUGCAGGAGUCUCAUUGAAAAUUUUGUUCCGAUGUUCUGAUUUCUUUGUAGUCUCGACGUUCACGAGAAAAGAGGAUCAUC